AUGAAUAGAUUCCUGAUCACGGCUCUGCUCUUGUUUGUCGCUGCAAAGUCAGGUCUUUGCAUGAGUUACGAGUGCGUCAUCUUUUCCAAGUACGUUCAUUACAUCAGCUUACACUGUGAAGGUCUUAAUAUCACUCACAUCCCUGUAACGACCCACUCGAAUCUAGUUAUUGAAUACCAUUUGCAAAAUAACCUGAUACAAGCUAUCGAGAAAUUUCCGCCGAUGGCCACACUGCAAUUCUUAAAUCUUUCUCAUAAUGUCAUCAGUAACUUGUCGUGGGAGUCGAUGGGCAGUUUUCCAGACUUACUGCGACUUGAUUUAUCGUACAACCGCCUAACUUACGUGGACAUGUCGGCUAGAAAGUCACUUGCAAAGACUUUGAUUCUCUUCAAAGUGAGCAACAACAACUUGGAAACUUUUUCAGAGGAAAAUCUCGGCAUUUUCCCGAGCGACUUCGAUUCAGCCACCAGCACAUAUAAGCCAUAUGUCGAGGGAAACCCUCUGCGCUGUGACUGUAGGUUGUUCUGGCUGCAAAAACUGACCCAGGCAAACGAGAAAUGCCAGCUCUCCAGUAGAGACCAUGUCAUGGCCUGUAAAGAAUACCAUCAGCACCCGUUGUACCUGAGCCUCCUCAAAGGACCCCCUGGCUUCAAAUGUCACUCCCCAGAAAACAUGCGCGGUAUGCCGUUAUUCAAAGUCGAUCUUUCUAAAUGUGACGUGCCCACGGCAUGGUACAACGUCAGCCUACCAACCCUUCUUAAAGUCUUAGGUUCGGUUGCAGCCGGUGUGGUGUUUAUACCUCUGGCUGUCGUGUUGAAGAGAAAAUGUCGCGUCAGCAGGAGAUCCGGAGAGGCCUCUCCUCCUCCUCCUGUUCUCAUCCCGCUCCCUCCGAUCCAAAACUCGCUGCAGGGCGGGAACAACAGCGGCGACACAGACCAGAACUAG